GAAAUAGUUGAAGAGACAUCCAGACAUUCAAUGAAUGUCACUGGAUACAACAACAAUAGAAAAAGCUUCAUUAUAAAAAAUUAUUGGGGGGAGGAUAAAUUCGUUUAUCUUCCUUUUGAUAUUUUAGAGAGGAAGUUAACAAAACCAAUCUUUAUUUUUUUUUAUAAAUAAUAAGAAAACAACAAAAUCCCUAAAUAAUUUAAAAUAACAAUCAUAUAAUAAUACUUUAAAAAAAACCAACUUUUUAACUGCUUUUUCUUCCAAUCAUUCUAAAAUAAUUUUAAAAAGCAGAAUCAAAUAAUAAUACUUUUUAUCACUCAUUUAUAAUAAAAAUAUCAAAUAUAUAUCAAAAAAAAAUGUUCUAAAAACAUUCCCACAAAAAAAAAAAACAAUAAUAAUAAAAAUAUCACAAAUGGUAAAAACCCCAAAUAAACAGAUGAUCAAGAACAACAACCAAAAUUUAUAGAGGAACCACUAUGCCAUGGAAAACAUAAAACUUUUGAGCCAACAUCUCAACUUACAAUGGAAAAGUUUAGAAAUCAUCAAUUUACCAAAUCAAAACAGAUCCAAUAAAAAAGAAAUCACAAAGCUAAUAAAAAAGAACAUCAGCAACAGAGGAAAAAAAGAAAAAAAAAAUUAAAAUUAAAAAACAAAAAUAAAAAAACCAAAAUGAAUUAAAAUUAAAUAAAUAAAAGUGGUGUUAACCUUUGCUCC